AUGGGUAACUUCAGACAAAAGCUACGAGAGGCUGGAUGCACAGAGCUCAAGAUCAACACGCGGCCAUCCAGCACGUCUGAGAAAAGAACUCUCAAGAGGGCUAGAAAAUCAGAAGUCAACUUCAUGCCAGAUUUCCCGGAAGGAAAAACAAAACACUCCCUUGAUGAAGAAAGGACAGCAAUGCUCACAGAAAUGAAGAAGAGGAAGGUUGAUUGGAAGCAAAUUCAAGCAAUGAUGACCAGCACCUUCUCUUUGCGGAGAAAGGAAAUUGUUGAGGACGAGCCACUUGUGGCUGAUAUCAAACAAAGAUGGCCAGCACUGUUCUCUGAACGUCAGAUUGAAGCAGAGUUUGCUCGCCUCACCACUGUGGACCUGAAAGGCUGCCUCUUCGCUGGCCUUGACAAGUAUCUGCAGAGGUUCAUUGAUAUCUACAGAGCCAAACCUGGUGUGGUGGAGUUGAAGAAACUGUUGACAACACUGGAAAGUGAUUGUUCCAACCAAUGGAAAAGGACCAUCGUGUUGAUGGGGCUCCCCCACUACCUCAAAGAGGUUCCGUCCAACUUUUACAAGAAAGUUCAGGCCACAGUUGCUGAGGAGGACAUGACAAGAGGAAUGACAGUGGGCAUCCUGAUGGUGGCAGACGGGGAUGAUACUGUUGGUUUCGCUGUGGUCAUCGAGGAAGAAAUCAUCCUUCCGUCGCUCAGUGAUUUUCCAAUAGCUGUGGCACUGCUGAUGGGUCUGUUCUACGCACUCAACAUCGACUAUCCCAAAGACAUAAGGUACACUUUUGAAGUCAUCCAGAAGGUGCUCAUGGACAUUGGUGGAGGCCAUUGCACUGCUUUGGUUCAUGGCCUGAGAAACAGACUCUUGAGGAAGACCUUGUAAGCUUAAAGCAGAGUUUAAGCAUUGACCCUGACCUUUAUGCGGAACUUAUGGACAUUGGAGGACAGGACAAUGGUCUGCCUUCCCAUUUAAGCUUGCUUGUUGGAGUUGUGUGUUGUUACACGGCUUGAGAUACAGAUUUUCUUGAAAAGCCCAUGUAAGCUGAAUGCAGAGUGUAAGUAUUGAUGCUGAAGUAGAAAA